GUUUGUUUAUCUAUGUUACUGUAAAUAGUUUAUCUGAUCACAUCUUUUUAAAGAAAUGAACAUCAAUUUUAAUGGUAGAAUUGCCCUCGUUACAGGUGCUGGGAAAGGUAUCGGACGCUGUAUUGCUCUAAAAUUAUCAAAGCUUGGGGCCAAAGUCUUUCCUAUAAGCAGAACAGAAGCAGAUCUUGACAGCUUAAAAGUGGAGGAUUCAUCGAUUGAAACACGAUGUUUAGAUAUUGGAAACUGGAACGACACAAGAAAAGUGAUUAAAGACAUUGGACAAGUAGAUCUCUUAGUAAAUAAUGCAGGAAUAAGUAAGAUGAAAUAUGUUCUUGAAGCAACAGAAGAGUUUAUAGACGAACAUUUUGAUGUAAAUUUUAAGGCAGCUUUGAACAUAUCUCAGAUCGUCGCCAAAGGAAUUAUUUCACGGAAAGGAAGUGGUGCCAUAGUGAAUAUUUCAAGUAUUACCGGUAUGCUAGCUGCACCGGGUUUUCCUGUUUAUUGCACUACGAAGGCAGCUAUGGAUAUGCUCACAAAGUCUAUGGCAUUAGAGUUUGGACCUUUAAAGAUCCGAGUCAACAGCUGUAAUCCAGGUGGAGUAUUAACACCAAUGAGUGAGCAGGUUUUGGUCUCCCAGGAACAAAAAGAUGCUUUUACAGGACGAAUACCGAUGGGACGAUUCAUAGAACAAGACGAGGUUGCCAAUACAGUUGCAUUCCUGUUGAGUGACUAUGCAUCAAUGAUAAAUGGUGCCUUAGUUCCAGUCGACGGUGGAAACAUGAUACAUAUAUCACCUAACCCGGUCCAGUAG